AUGCACUUCUCAACACAGUACAAAAUAUUCACUUCUUCAAACCUCAAACCCCAAAGUAUUCACUAAAAGAACAAAAGAUGUCAGAGAGCCUUCGUUUGGCUGUUGCUGUUCUUGGCAAUGCAGCCUCAGUUUCCCUUUACGCUGCACCAAUGGUCACCUUUAAAAGAGUUAUAAGGAAGAAAAGCACAGAAGAGUUUUCGUGCAUUCCUUACAUCAUUGGACUCUUGAACUGUCUCCUUUACACUUGGUACGGUUUGCCUGUUGUAAGCUACAAGUGGGAAAAUUUCCCUCUGGUCACUGUUAACGGAGUUGGAAUUGCUCUUGAGUUAUCCUAUGUUCUCAUUUAUUUCUGGUAUGCCUCGGCCAAAGGAAAGAGAAAGGUGGCCAUGACAGCAAUACCAGUUCUGCUUCUGUUCAGCAUAAUUGCUGCAGUGUCAGCUUUUGCAUUCCAUGAUAAUCGUCACCGAAAGCUUCUCGUGGGUAGCAUUGGCUUAGGUGUUUCAGUUGCAAUGUACGCAUCACCCCUAGUUGUGAUGAAGAAAGUUAUACAAACCAAGAGCGUGGAAUUCAUGCCACUACCGUUAUCCGUAUGCUCAUUCUUAGCAACUUUACUAUGGCUGACUUAUGGACUACUCAUUCGUGAUAUAUUCGUUGCGGGGCCAAGUGUGAUUGGAACUCCCUUGGGCAUUCUUCAACUUGUAAUUUACUUUAAAUACCGAAAAGGGAGUGCUGUGGAAGAACCAAACAAAGGGGACACGGAAAAGGGUAACUUGGAGAAGGUGGACAUAGAAAUUGGGAAGCUUGAAAUGAAUGUCACAAAUCACAUGAAUGGAAUUACUCGUGAACAAUGUGUCUAAGGGGAAGGGUUGAAAUUUUCAAUAUGCUUUAUUCAGAUUCCUUUUUAUGUUUAUUUCCUUUGUUCAAAAAAAUGACCCCGUAACUUUGGAUGUAUUGUUGACAUGAAAUUUAGUUACACUUCUUAAUAAAUGGUUUCUUUUAUUGAAGAAGGGUUUGCUUUAGUUGUCGUUUAUGUCCGUGGAGCCACGGUAAUGUGAAAAAUUAAGGAAAUAUGACAAAAUCUAAUGUAACAUUUUAAAUUUUGCAAUA